GAGAGAGAGAGGGGGGGGGGCGUGUAUCAAGUGAGGUGACGUCUAUUGUGUUAUCUGCAGAAGGGAGAUGUUAUCUGAGGUAUCGGUCAUGAUAGAUGAAGGAGAGGGGGUGAUGGCGUGGGAAGGUUAAGGGGUGACUUCAGACGACCCACAUUUCUCACACACCCACCCUUUAGCGCCCCUUCAGAGGCCCUACUACUGCUGCAGGGUGCGGGAGAAGGGGAGCUGUUGUGUAGGGGAAGAUGUUAUGAAGUAUUUUAUAACCAAACUGCAAUAUUUUUUUAUUGUUCGUAAGGUAUGCAUGAAUCGAGUUUAAACAGGUGUUGCAAGUUGUGUAACCUUGUGCGUAUAGAAAGUAUUGUUUUGGGAUGUAAGCACGUAUUUUUCAGGAGUGCUUUCGAAGGCAACACAAAUUACUAGUCAGGCUCCCUUAAAUGCUCUUCCCCAAUGGGUCUCCUUCAUUUUUAUGUUAUGUGAUGCAGGAUUCUUGGCCAUCUAUCAUUAGAAUCAAGAAGGCACCACAAAAAAUAACAGUAACUUUCACAAGAGCCUGUUGAAAUUAGGGUAGUAAAAAACCGAAGCGGUUGAGAUUGCGGUCAUAAACAAGUUCAGUUGGUUAAAGUCAGAAAUAAAUAAGUAGAAAUAGUACUGCUUGGGAGGUGUUGUUUACCGUAUAGCAAUAGCAGCCACUGAUAAGCCUGUGUUUUGGAUGCUUGCUAUUACGUGAAAGUGAAAAGAAGGAAUUCCUUAAUAGAGUCAAUAAGUAGUGAUGGUAAUAAUAAUCUAACUAUAAAACAGCCUUGAUAUUCCCGCAAGGACAAAGACAAGUGAAUAUCGAAACUCUUCCCUUCACACGAGACAAAAUAUCACAAGAAUGCAGCGUUUCUUGGCUCGCACUCAGACAGAAUAUGAUGUGAUCGAUCCUUGAAAUCUGUGUUUACGCUUUUCUCCUUUAAACUUAUGCUGGCGAUGCUGGAGGGGAAGGCCUUGCUCUCUCUCUCUCUCUCUCUCUCUCUCUCUCUCUCUCUCUCUCUCUCUCUCUCUCUCUCUCUCUCUCUCUCUCUCUCGGGGGAAAGCGAAGGGCAGAUCCGAGACAUGACCCGUAGCUGUCAUAUUUAUCAGACACCUUGGACCCGCAUCACAGAAUAUGAAUGGAAAUAUGCCAAGAGUGGGGAGGCAUGAGGCUGGCUGGUUUAGAUUAUGAUAAGUACAGUGUUAGAUCUGUUUCAGCUACCACGUAGAUUUUUCAUCUUUUACUUACCCUGGGCCUGUAAAUGUUAUACAGUGGGGUGUGAGAGGAUUAAGUUACGUUAGGGUUCGAUCAUGUUUGAGUAUGUAUGUGUGUGAGAUAUGUUCGAUUAGCAUGUGUUUAUUCAUAUUUUUGGUACCCUGCAAAUGUAACGUUACGAAAUCAGGUGUGAUAAUACGAAUAGAUCAGGGUCAGGUUAUGUCAGAGUUUGUAGAUGUGCGAGAUAUGUUUGAGUAUUGCGUGUUUAUCUCAUCAUGUAGGGUAGUAAGCUAGGACAAGUAAAUGUGUGAAUUGUGUUGAACUAUUACGUUUAUUGCAUCCUAUAAUUUGGUUAUCCCGUCUGUGGUUAGUAAUCUUAUAUAUAAUAACUCUCAGGGGCGUAAAAAAGCUAAAUGCCUGAUACCGUUCACGGCAAGUACGUAGUCUUUGUAUGUGUUGGAUCGUUGUGUUCAUAUUAUUGCGUUUUGUUUCGUUGUUUUGUGAUUGAACAGUGAAAAAAAAAUAGUAUCGGUUUGAAGAGAAAGUAUUUAUAUGUGGGAUAUUAAUCUUCCGUUGUGGUUGUGGUACUUAAGUUUAUCAAUAAACCAAUCUAUCUAUUUAACGUAUCUUUUAGGGAAAAGAAUCAAGUAUUUCUCAAGUAGUUAAUUAUCCCAGGUAUCCAUCCAGUAUCUACCUGCUGAAGGGGAGAAAAAAAUCAGUAUAUAAUUCAUAAGUAUCUAUAAAUCCGUGAGAGAGAGAGAGAGAGAGAGAGAGAGAGAGAGAGAGAGAGAAAGUGUUAGGUAACAGAGGUCCUUCAUAGCACAGGUAAUUUACAGCCUCUCAUUAGCCCCUCCCAUGUGCACCUGAGAAGUGAACUGGCACUAUCUUGCUCUUAAAGAAGAACCAUUGUACAUAUGUAAAAUAUUCUUUUGAGUUUUUAGGAGUGAUGCGUAGAAAAUAACGAUAUUUAACUUUAAAAAUAAUAAGACAAUAAAAAUACUUUUAUUAACAUAUAUUUUUUAUAUCAAUAUUCUUUUCUACUUUUCAUGAUUUGAUAAUUUGUAAUCGUAUAGGAAACCUUUUAAUCGCAAUUUUUUUUUUUUUUUUGUACAGGUCCGGACCUUAGUUAAAAAGUAAAAAAAAAAAAAAUCAAUUCUUCUAUUAUUGAUGAUUUAAUCAUCUGUAAUUAUAGAAGAAUCAUAUAAGUGGGAUAUGUUACUUAAGACAUGAGGUGCGCCAGGGGAGAAAUUAGGAGAAAGUAAACAGCGGCAUCUGUGGCGUCAUAAUCGGCCUUGUCAUGAACUGGUGGGAGGGUAAAGGUUCACAGGGGUGUGAAGUGUGAAGAGGAGCCAUGCUACAACCCUUCAGUCAUAUCGUGAGUCUGAGAAUAUGAAAAAGAGCAUACAUAGCCGUGGUAGAUAACAGGAAGUACUCUACUUGUGAAGUUUUAUGUAGUAUUUCACCGUGAAAUUUUAUUUAUGAUAGUUGUGUUGGCUAAAAAGGCGCGUUUAGUAACGAUAUGAAUUAAGACGUGUUGCAAGGAUGUGAAUCACUAGGAAAUGUGCUGCAAGGUUUUAGUGUGUUUCAUGAUGCUUUCAUUUUUUUUUUUUUUUUUUACUAGUGGUUAAAAUAUUAAUGAUAACGGUAUUAAGGGAGAAAAUAUGUUGAUACUUUAUAGUAUUCCCCGUACUACUACUACUACUGUAUUACAAUGAAACCCCCUAGCCAGUUUAAUUCUCACAGACAUAAUGGUGUAAAAAGACGGUUAGUAACAAGGAGAGAAAAAAAAAAAACUCUUUACGCAUUAAAUUUAAUCCCUUUUACUGAUAGUAUUUUACUGUGAAUCCUCUUGGCAGUACCAUCUCAACUCUGCCAGACAUUUCCGGUUGUGCAGUCAGCCAGCCAACCAGCCAGCCAGCGAGGCGACGAACUGGCUGACAGCUGGGGUAGUGCAUUCUGAUAUAUUCCCCUUAAAUUUAGAGAAGACCGACGCUUUUCCCCUCGUGUACGUUCAAUUCGUACAUGUAGGCCAUCAGUAAUGUAACGCAUCGAAAACCUGUCUUCGUGCGCAACAGUUGGCGCUUAAGGUCAUCCGGCGUACGUGUCUCCGGAAAGAGUAUUAUUAUUAUUAUUAUCAUUAUUAUUAUUAUUAUUAUUAUUAUUAUUAUUAUUAUUAUUAUCAUUAUUUUUUUAUUGUUUUAAUUAACAUGUGAGGGAUUAGGUUUCACGUGGUAACGCAUUCAUUUUUAUUUAGUAGCGGUGUGGUAUUAAAGCAUGCAUUGUUGUGAAGAAGCAUAUCAGCUCUCAAAUCUUAUGACAGACACGUCACGCCAGGUAAUAAGAAACGUGGUAAAGAUAACACUUUGUACUGUACCACCAGCAGUAACUUAACAUCAGGAAGUUGCUGUUAAAUGUCAACGCGUAUAUCAUAUUAAUUAUAAACAGCUGACUCGUAAGACAGUACGCUAGAUAAUAAACCUGUGCUAUAAUAUCAGGAAGUCGCGAUGUAAAUAUCAAAGCAUUCAUUAAUUCAAGUGGUGGUGUAUCAUUUAGCUCAGAGACAAAACAUCAGGUAACUUGUGAGGCGUCAGACAAAUACAGCCCUUAUAUAUUGAGUUCUGGGAGGGGUUUACACAGGGCAAGGAGGAUGGGGACAGAAACACAUGUUAUUACGUCACCAAGUGUGUUGCCAAGGCUGGCUCUGGCUUGACGUAGAUGAUGUGGCUCGAUUAAGGAGAGGCAGGCUGUCUAUCAGGAAUAUUUUUGUCACCAUUUCUUCUAUCCUUACCGUUAGUCAGCUGCUUAGUUCAUUCGUUUGUUGAUUCGUGAAUUGGUUAGUUAGCUGGGUUUGUUAGAUGGAUGGUUGGUUUAAAAUGCAUAAUGUUUAAGUACAUAGGAGAAAUGGGAUAAGUUUUAGAAUAUUUGGUGGAAGUAGAAAUGCAUUCAUAUGUUUCUAAUUAAAAAAAAAAAGUUUAUUUUAAGGCCAUCAUUACUAAUACAGCAUUAUAUUAGAUAGAUAUCUAUUUAACUGGAUUAUAUCAGAGAUUUCAUGAAGACGUGCGUGGGUUGGUUUGACAAAGCGAAAGUUUUAAGGGGGAGGUGCCAUGUAGUCUCAUGUGCGCUUUGUGUGUGUGUAUGUGUGUGUGUGUGUGUGUGACUGGCAGGUGUGGCGAGCAAGCUGAGGAACUGGCCCCCACAUGUGCACGCUCAGUAACGUACACGAGCGGGUUGUGUACACAGUGAGCUCCAGCACGCACUCAAGGCCGCUGCAUGGAAGGGGACCAAGGCAGGAAUUGUGUGUUACGUUACGCUCGUGGUGUCCGCGGCGGCGUGGUCAAGUGUACGAGUGUAUUGCCACGCCAGGGAUAGACCUAGCCGUGACGCAGCCAGGAGGUGAGGCCUGCCGGGUGCUGGGACACUGUGAACUUUGUAACACGUAGUUCACCAUAAGACGAGGCGACAAGGGUGGGGCGGGGUGAAGGGAGGCGUGGAGAAGUGUGUCAGAAAGCAAGGCCAACUCCCAGAACUUACAGUGGUAAAUACAAGUGUGUGUGUGCGUGUGUGUGCGUGUGGGCUGGGAGGAAUCAUGUAUUGCUACUUCCGUCACCGCCACCAGUACAGCGACUACUACGCGGCUGUGUUUUGAUCACCUCAGAGAAAGGUCCACAGGCCCCACGCCACGGAGGCUCAAUAUUGAUCACUUGAAUAAUAAAAUAGUGCUGACGGAACGGAUUCUGUGAGCUGCGGCCUAAUUCCGGAGGCGUGAGUUGUCGCACUAUUUCCAUGAACUGUCUCAUGAAGUACCAAUGUUGUAGGAGGAAGACCAAGAUGUCUCAUGAUGCAUUGUGCUUUUUAUUUGGUGUCUUACCUAAUACUCCUUUCUUUGAAAUAGUUUAAACCCAAAUAUAUACUGACCGUGCAGUGUCGCGUCUCCAUGGGCUUACCCAGAAGAGGUGCGUGUUAAGCUGAUUAUGCUGCUCACAUUUUUUUUUCUGUAAUCUCUGACCUCGCCCUAUAGGACAACAUGCUGUCUCGGUUAUACUUCGUAAACCCUUAUUGAUAGUGCCCGUAUGCUCCACACCAAGGCUUUGCCCUUACUAGACGUACUCGCACACCUGCUCAAACAGUAUAGGUAAUGCGUUUUGUGGGACAGUAUACAACGCUAAGCUCUAUCUUGCAUGCUGGUUCAGGUGUUUUAGCCCUCUGAAUUUCUGCAUUCACGAUGAAAGCUUGCGCGCUCUCAAGGUUACGGAGCGUUAUGUGAAAGCCAUAGAUGCAUGGGCCAUAUUCUCGUUUGGAUCGUGCUCAUCAUCCUCGACAUCGUUACGCCACGCUCCCUCCAGCGCCGGAGGUGUGAGUGUGAGCAGUGAAUGGUGGUGUUGGGAGGCCCUCGGUGCUAUUUCGUCAUAACUGGUCCACUGGAUCUCGAUGAACAGAAUUUUCUCCCAGAAAACGUCUUCACCACUCACGGCUCAGCGAUGAAUUGACCGUGAUUGAGAAUGGAGGUGUACGCGUAUCGCCAACACACCCUUCCUGUUGCUCAGAGGUUUAUUUGAUUGUGAGCACGUGAUUUUUGUUUUACCUGAUAAUAUGUUUGCUCUGCGUCAGGUGGAGGUUUGGCAACACCGGUAAAGUUACCAUGGCAACAGUGUAGCGAGUUGCCAUCACAUCAUAUUCCUGGGAAAGUCUUUAAUAGUCAUUUCUCCUAUUCGCAGCUAAAUAACUGCAUGCGAGUAGUUUAGAGCGUCGGCUAAUAUUACCUAACGGUGCUGUUAUGAAGGGUAAGGGGUAGGAUUGGACGGCGAGUGCGUGAAAAAUGUGUGGUGGGAGUGGGAGCGAGCCAAGGGACUGGGCGCUCGGCAGGUCGACAGCCAGCUUGGGAGUUUUCCAGCUAAACAGCUGAUCACGAAAACAACCAAACAAUAACAAAUAUUCGCCCAGCCCAGGAGGGGAGGCUAAGGAGGAGUGUCGCGAGGGAGCGCUGUGCAGGUACUGGCGGGGUUGGUGGGGCAGGUGAGUUAGGGGGAGGCGGAGAACCGGCCUUAAGGGAGCCUCGCUCAUGUCGCCCUGAAAUGCUUUGUGCGGCACUGCCACCGUCCCUCUCCCUCCACGCCAGGCUGGUCCAUGCGUGGCCCUACCUUAUCAUCACCGCCCACCACCUUAACCUCUGCCUUUAAACUCACUGUAGUGCCGUGCGGUGUGUGCUGGGUAGUGGAGUGUGGGAUGUGUGUGCCGUAAUCGUGUAGCUUCAUACCUGGCCAUUUUUUCACCCCGGGUUGGUUGGCAGUGAGUAGGAUGGCGCGGUGCGGCUGUGUACCUGCAGCCGCGGGACUAUAUUUACGGGCCAACCCAGGUAGACGUUGAGUCUGUGCAGGACUUCGAACAUCUUGAAGGUUCCCUCGUAACUGUUUUUGGGGAACUUUGUAUUCUUCAUGACCACCCAUGUGUGAUGGCCACGAUUGUCCGGGAUUGCAGAACUGUUAACCUUGAUCAACACAACUCUGCUAUGGAAAGCCUGAAAAAGUUGCAGCUACCCAAGUAGUGGAUGUCAAGAUCUGGUGGGUUUGUUACGGGUGUUAAUUAGAAGUGUGGGUACUAAGCAGCAUAUAGGGGGUAAGUGACUAGUAUCUCUCUUCCCAUGCUUAGGGUAGCACAUGGUAGGUGGACAAGUGGUGUGUGUUGUUGUGUGAAGGGACUUGUCAAGUUUGUCAUGACAACCAGACGUGCAUCAGGCUUUAGGAAAUUAAUUGCACCUUGGAAACGUCACAUGUCAGGGCUUGAGAUUCCACCUCAUUGCUUGUAUACCCCACAGUUCCCUCUUCAGUAUGAACAUCUGUCCAUUUGCAUAAACAAGAUAAGAAGGCACAGCCACUUGACAGAGAAUUGUGACCAGCUAGAACAUUGCAGAGUCUUGCACUACAACGACCUUAUGCCAACCUUGCAGCAUUAUGAGUGACACUAACAGAACUGAGUCCCUUGGCAAUGCCCCUGUAUGUGUGCAUGAUGAUGCUUCAGUGUCACCCCAAGAAGGGUCCCAGGAGGGUCCUCAGAGCAAGCAAGCAGAGGUGACACAGAGCCCAGAGGCAGAGAAAACUUCUCUAGAAGCCACAGUACCUGAGGCUACAGGAAGUAAAAUUUAUUUGCAUGACAAGUAUCAAUCUGUGGACAAAGGUGAAAGUGGCUUAGGAAAAAAUGAUUGUGAUAGUAAGGAGAAUAAGUUCAGUAAAACAGAGAACCUAGAAGGCUGUGUACAGUUUGAUAUUUCUUGUGAACUAGGAAGAGUUAGCACUGAGACUGCAUUUAAAGAUGUACAAAGUGAAUUACCCUCAGCUGUAUCUGAGGUUAAAAGUGAUGUGAGCCAGGUACUUCACAGCUCCACACAGUUUUGUUUAGGUGCUACUGAUCAGGAUACCACUAGUGUUGAUAAUGGAAAUCCUGAGGGCAAUGUAAUGCUGAUGAAAAAUGAGUCAGAAGCAUCUGAACAAGUUUGUAAUGUUGAGGAUAUAGUUGUACAAAAGUGUUCAAAUGUUACAAGUCACCUUGAAAAGGAUGACUUGCCUGUUUUUGAUUCUGAGGCACAUUAUGUUAAGGUAGUCACAGAUCCUCUUAGAGAUGAGCCUGAUAGAUCAGAUUGUGAUAGUGGAAGAGAUGCCCAAUCCAUGCACCAUGGCGAGGCAGUGUCUUGUGAAAUAGCCAUGGAUACUGGGCCUGAUAGUAGUUUAGAAAAAGAUGAAGUAUUUAUUCCCAUUAGUUUGCAUGAUGAACUUAGUAAAAAUAUAGCCAUAGAAGUGACUGAAGACUUCCUAAAAGAGAAGGUGGACUGUAAGAAUACAGAGAGAACAAGAAAGGGAAACAGAUUUGAAGUGAACAGAGUAUUUUCUGUGCAGUCAAGACUGACUGAGGAAUGUGAGUGUGAUAAAGAAGAAGGUAGCAGUCAUUUGUGUCAUUCCAGCAAUGAACACACUGAAAAGGCACAGCCACUCUCUGCGCCCUCCACACCUGUUCCCUCUGCCUCCACCACUGCCAGAAAAGCCCUUAGGUCUCAGGUAUGCCGGGGCCGGAGGGUUUCCUUCCCUGAGGAUGAGACCCACCUCAUAUCCAGCUACUUGGAGCCAGUCAAUCCAUGGCAACAAAUGGGCGGCACAACAGUGGAGGAGAUAGCAGCAGCAUAUCGGGCAUCUUGUGACCGACACCGCACACAGCCACUGCCAGGGGUGCUGCAGCAGAUCAAGGCCCUGCCCCUGGUGUUAGGGGGCCGGGUGGAGUGCCUCAGCCUGCGUUCCCAGCGGUUGGACAGCAGCCAAUGUGAAGGCUUGGAGGAAAUCUUCCGAAGAGUUCAGUUCAAAAUAUUAGAUUUGGAAGGAUGUUAUUUAGAUGAUGACACUGCAAUUCCCCUCUUUGACAUGAUUGAGUUUUAUGACUCUGCUACCCAGUUGAACAUUUCAUGCAAUGACAAAAUUGGUUUCCGGGGCUGGCAGGCAUGCUCCAGGAUGUUGAAGAGAACCCCCUCUGUUGAGUAUUUGGAUGCCCGCAGCACCAACCUCAAUGAGACCAACAUGCCAAUACUGGGCAGGGCACUAAGGCUUGGGUCCCGUCUCCACACACUGCAUUUAGAGAGCUGCAACUUGACAGGUCGCCCACUCAUCAUACUAACAGCUGCACUUAGGCAAAAUGAGUCAUUAACAGAGCUCUACCUGGCAGACAACAGGCUUGGAGUCAAUGACUGCAUACAGCUUAGCAACUUGGUGCGAGCCAACAGCACACUCCUUCUGCUGGAUCUUCGCAACAAUAAUGUACAGGAUGCUGGGUGCAGCCAUGUUUGUGAGGGCAUUGCAGAGCAGCAGAAGCACCAGCAACAGCAACAGCAAGGGGAAGAGAAUGGGGAAAAGACACGAUGUCGAGGCCUGCGUUCCCUGGUGCUGUGGAACAACCACCUCACUCCGCAGUCUGCCCCACAUCUGGCCAACAUGUUAGCCACCACCAGGGCUCUGGAAACCCUCAACCUUGGACGUAACAAUCUGACCAGCGAGGGGAUUUUGCAGCUAAAAGAAUCACUCCUGAGGAACCACGCUCUACUUCGUCUUGGCUUACAAUCAGCCAGAAUAGCUGACGAGGGUGCAGUGGCCCUGGCUGAGUACACUGUUGACAACAGGGUGAUACAGCAUGUUGACCUGCGAGAUAAUCCCAUCCGUGUGGCUGGUCUUCUUGCUCUGGCCCAUUCCCUCCGCCUCAAUUCCACUGUUAUUCAGAUGGACAUAGAUUCUGAUCCCAGAAGUGAGCCAUCAGCAGAGCUGUCUGAACAGCAUCUCUCCCUCCAGAAAGAAAUUAAAGAAAUCUGCCAGCGUAAUCUUACCCAAAGUCACCUGAAAGCUGCGAGUCAAAUGAAGAAUGAAACUCCAGAAGGUGCUUCUUCCAAGCCUAACAAAGAGUGGGAUGCAGAAGGAGGUGUCAUCAGAAAGAUUUCUCUUACUUGUGAGACAACUGUAGUAUCAUCCCAAGAGAUUCGCACCACAGAAGUUGUUACUCGUGAGGAAGAGAAGCAGAGAUAUGUAAGCCCAGCUCCAAGUCCCUGUCCAAGUCCCUGUCCAAGCCCCUGCCCCAGUCCAGUCCCAAGUCCACUCAGGAACAACCGUUUCAAAGUGUUUAGAGUGGCAGAACCUUCAAAAAGUUCUCCAGAUUUAAUAGCAAGCACUAGCCAGCCCACUGCAGUAUGUAGUGCAGUUCAUGUUUCACAGUCUGGGAGGAGUCUGUCUGCAGGAGACCUCAGUCAGCCUCCUAAACAGAGUGGUGUGCGGCCCAACAGGUUUGGCAUUGGUGGGCGCUUCACGGUGACACGUGUUGCAGAGCCAUGUAGCUUGCCAUCUAGUCAGGUGUCUAGCAUGGCAUCAAGCUUCACAAAUACAAGCUCUGCACCUGGGCCAAAAAUUGUCAUAUCUUCCCCUGUUAGAGUUGAGAGAGGGUUUAGUGUCGAUGAAACAGUUUCAAAAGAAGCAUCUGAGAAGUCUGGAGAAAAGCAAGGAAACAAGGAUGCAAGUCCAGCUGUAGACUUUAAGGCAACAAAGCUUCCAGAGAGUGCAGCACAGUUUGGCAAAGCUAGAUGUCAGUCUGACAGUGAUACUGUUAUGGAAGGUGCCAACCUCAAAAAAUGUUUGCCAGAGAGCCAAAGGCCAGAAUUAAUGUCCCAAAGAUCAUUGACUGUGUUUAAGAGUAAUACUGAAUGUCAAAAAAUUGACAAAGACUGUGAUUCUCCAAAUCUGAGUGAGCUGACUGACAGUGGAUUCCUCGACGAAGGAAACUGUGGCAGAAGCAGUGGCAGUGUGUCACCAUUACCCAGCACGGGCAGUCCUCGCACAGUUCAUGAAGGGGACAGAGACUCCCUGCUAAGCUCAUCAGUGGACAGCACCAACCAGGAGGAUACAGGCCUGGGGCUCCCUAUGGAGGAGUCAGAGCCAGCUAUUCCAGUCUCACCAUGCAAUAUUCAGCAGUUUGAUAUCAGCUCAAUUCAUGAGCCCCCAAAGAGAGCUCCUUUGGCUGCCAUGGAGAAUGGAAGCUUUGAUUCUGACAGUGAGGACAGUGAGCUAAUGACACAGUCAUCUGAUUCCACCCACAGUGAUGAGGUGCGUAUCACCACAGAGCAGAUCGAGCCAAGACAGGCCUGGGGUUCCAAGCCAGAACAGCCUCAGGUGGGCAUAGCCUCAGAAGCAGUAAUUGCCCCAGGGGUCACUGAGUCGGGCUAGAACAGCCAACCAUUUUAUACACUGAGAGUAGAGUGGUUGGGCACAUCAAAACAAGAAGACUGGUCACCCAACAAGUUAACUACAGACUGGCAACAUUUUCCAAUAUUGUGAUAGUAAAUAUAAAUGCUUUGUAACAUUUAUGUUUAUUUGGUCAUCAUGCUUUACCUCAAUCAAUCUCAGUUGUAAAGAUCAAAAUCAAGGAUCUAUUGUAAAGAUAUGAUUUAAAUGCUUUCAUGAUAUUACUUAUUUGUUAAUUAUUUCCAACAUUUAAUAGACAAAAUGAUGUAAACUUGAAUUACCCUUGAAUAAUUUGGGAUUGUGCAGUAGUGUAGAUGUCCUGAGUCAAAAAUGCCCAUUCAUAUGGUUUAGGAUGAAAGUGAAGAGUAGAAAGCCAUAAAUAUUGUACCCUUAAUUUCUUUCCAUGUGUUUUUGUUCAGUUCUCAUUGCUAGUUUUCAGGCAUAAAAUUCAAUAGAAUUAGAAAUCCAUAUUUAAUUCAUGUAAAUUUACAUCUAUAUAUCAUUGAAGUGUAUUGUUACAAGAUCCUUGUCAUCACUGUGCCACACACAUGGGAUCCUUUAGCUGGUCUCAAUAUCAACAUGAAAGGGAGUUCUCCACAGAAUACUAAAAGAAAUAACAUACUUUGGGCACUUUGUUAGUCAUAUUUUUACUGAAAACCAAGGCUGUGUGACCCUACUUUUUAUUUUAGUAUAGCUUUCUUACACAAAUGGCAUGCCUUUUUGAUAUUCUUUUACUGAAACCUUUAUCUAAGACUGAAUUUUGAUGAUAAUACAAAAUUAGUGCAGUUUAUGUUGCAGUUGGUUCAGGCAAAUUGCAUGUGAAGCAAAGAGUGAUGUCAUGUAACAAGAGACAGUAACUGUCACUAGCCAUUACCUUGAGUUUGUCUGGCAUCCACCCAAGUGAGGAGGGAUACAGAGAUGGUGCUUAUUUCCCACUGCUUCACAUUGUUCCGCUGCAUCACCCAACAACUCUUGAGAUGCUCAACAGUGAGUCAUACAUUUGUGCUCUUGUUCAGUGCCAGUCAUAAUUCUUUCACUUGAAUCUUCCAGCAUGGGAAUUUGUAAGACUGAAGUCUUGCACCAUCAUUUGUGGCAGUACAAAUUUGCAAGAGCAAGCCAGAUCCCCAGACUUGUUGUCACUUUUACAGUAGUAAUGAGUAAUGUGUAAUGUGUGGCCUCAGUGCCAACAGCAGCAGACACUACAGCCCUUUUUUUUUUUUUUUUAUGAGUAUAGCUAUGGGGAACAGUACUUGACAGUACAUGCUGUUGAUUUUCAAUAAGUAAUAGCAAUUAUAAUACAGUAAAAUUUGUUGACUGCUAAGCUUUAGGAAUGCUGAAAUCUCAGUAUAAGCUGCUGGGAUAGAGAUUAAUAAUUUAGUUGUGCUGUGAAUUAAACUUUUUUUGUCUGUCAUUUUUUACAACAAUGAGGCCAAAUUUAUAGAUAAAACUAAUGUUAUCAGUGUGAGACAGUUGACAACCUAUUGUAGGAGAAAAGAUUUACAUAAAAAAAAAAAACACUAUAAAAUUUUUUUCUUCAUUAGGCAGAGCAUAUGUUGAUUUGUUGCUGAGACUUGCUCUUCUUAUUAAAAAUUAAUACGUUCCCUGUGAGUGGUGUCAGAACUGCACAAUCUGUUAUUUUUUCCUGAAGGCACAUGCCACUUGUUUUAUUAAAAUGAUAAGUUUGAAGAAGGAUGUUGAUACAGCAUUGACAAUUAAUAAAUUUUGUAAUGCAUGAGCUGUAAAAAGAAAAUUGUAUCAUACAUUGCAAAAGUGAUAAGUAACAGUUAAUAUUUGCUGAUCAAGAGUGUCAGUGAUGUAUCUCUUGCAGCACAUGCUUUCAAAAUUAUGUAUGCCUUUCUGUCCAUCAAGUUAGACUGCUAUCUGUGUGUUUAAUGACUGAUUCAAGACUUAUCUUGGAAUGGUAAAUUGAAAAGUAAGCUUGAUGAUGAGCCUUAUAUAACUUGUAGAACUGCCCUAGACUUUGCUGGCAAAAUUUGAAAUUUAGUUUGGGACAUCCCCACAUAGUAUGCUGGUGAGACACACUGGAUCCCAUGUGACAAUGCUUCAGUGAGAAUUGUUGAACUAUCUUUAGAAGGUGCAGCUGUUAGUGGUGCAUGAAAAGAAGAGCAAUUCAGACUUCUGUGGCCCCCUCUUUUUAUUUCUUUUUCGUUAAUUAUUAGUCGUGCUCACAUUGGUUUCAUUAGAAUACACUCAGUAGAAAUAUCUGCACCCCUUGAUGUGUGGAGUCUGAGUGGCAUUGAAUGUGGCUUCUCGAUAGAUAGGUCACCUUUUAGUUAAAUUACCGAAGGCACAUUGUGAGUGUCAUGACACACAUCACACAAUCAGAUCUAGCAGUCCUCCCUGCAGAUUAAGUUUGGGGGCAAAGAUGGUAUAUUCAGCUAAGUGUAGGUGAUGCCACAAGGUGAGUGCAGUACCUGAUGUGGUCAGUCACUGCCCCUCACCCAGUGUUUACUGGGAUCCCAGGGAUACCACACAACACAGGGACCUGGUUUGUUUACAUUUUGGUGCUAAUUGUUAAAUAGUUAGUUCACUACAGUUUAUUUUUCCCUUUAAAAGAUGUGCUUUGUCUAGUUUUGAGGGUGCAUACUGAAUACAUGUAAGUGUUAUGAGGUUGCAGUGUUGAUAAUGAGAGUAAGCUUAUGAUCAACUAAUGUAAAGAGCAGUGAGUUUAAAUAUAUAUAUAUAUAUAUAUAUAUAUAUAUAUAUAUAUAUAUAUAUAUAUAUAUAUAUAUAUAUAUAUAUAUAUAUAUAUGGAUGCAGUGAUUAUUGUUGUCUGCCAUUGCUUUCUUCACUGCUAGAGGUACAAAUUUAUGAGAGGGGUUGGUGAGUCAUGCACAUUAAAGGAGCUACUGGCUUUUAUCAUCUAUUCUAAUCAUUAUAAACUUCAUGAAUGCAUUGUUUUUCCCAUUUUUAUGUGUAUUUUUAAACCUUUGAUUACUGAGUUGAAAUGUUUUGUAUUUUCAUACUUUGGAGCACUACCUGGCAUGAUGAGACCAUGUAAAACCGAGGUAUUUUAUGAAUGUCUUAACUGCAGUAAAUGUCAAAUUGCAGAAGAAUAUUUUCUUAUUUUCUUGCAAGUGUUGUAAUACUGUAUAUGUUAAGAGGGUUGUGUUUGCCAAAUGUAGACACCCCCAGUCGCUCAUAUUGUAAUACCUGUUAACUCAGAGAUAUCCUUCAUUAUAUAACUGCCUUUGCCACCAAACAGUAAAGUUUAUUGUACAUAAGGAAACCUUUGUGACAACAACACUUAUUUUGAUCCAGUUUGUUAAACCUAUAUUCUCUAUCAAAGUCCCAGGACCUGUAUAACCUGUCAUCUGAAACUUAAAGUGUUCAGAGAAGGAUCAGAAUUGGUGUUGAGAGAAAGCACUGACAAAUGUGCUGAUAUAGAGGGCCUAGUGCUUUGACCACACUGAGCCCCACCCUCCCCAUACCAGCCAUCACACCAGUCCCCCUCCCCCAUCAGCCUGCACCACCACCUCAGCAACUAGUGCACUCUUCCUCCUUGAAAGAUAGGAAAUGAGGAUAAAAGCUGAAAGAAAUGUAUAAUGGUGAUUUAUUUUAUUUAAGAUACUUAUGUGACUGUAACAUAUGUAAUCCUAGCAGGGUUUGUGUGGAUGAAGCCUUUUUGUAGUGUUGAUGAAACAAUGCUUAUGAAUAGGAUGAAAGUUGCAGAAAACCGUGUCAGGUCGUACAGAGUGCAAUCUGCCACCUCCAGCUGUUUCUCCACACUCCCUCAGAUGUAGCAGCAUAGAAACGUACUAUAUUGAUUAAGCCCGUUGUUAAUAUUGUUGUUGAUAAUCUUUUAUGUCCUACUAAAAAAAAACAAUAUAUACAAGGUAGUAGUGUACUUGUUUUAUAAGACUUAGUGGCAUGUGUUAAGGACUCUUGUCUGCUUGAGAAUGGACCUGUUAUGUGAGGCAGCGUGGCAUGGGGCUUUGUUGUACCUGCUGGGUGGUGGGCCUUGCCUCCCUCAGCUGGUGUGGCGUGUGGCAUGCUGGUCCUCGGUGGAUGCCAUGAUACGUGUUUCAGCUCAGUGUUCUGUCAUCUGUCCCGCCUGUUAUGCCGAGGAUGAUGUAACGUUGUGAAUGUGAGGGAUAUGCAUUGAAUGGCAGCGUUGUUGUUGUUAUUGUUGUUUGGGCCUUGUGAGCAGUAAAUGUUGCAGUGGUUCUUGCAGCCCUAGUGCAAGGAAAUUUUCAAGAUAUGGUAAGAGCUGAGUGUUUUCUUUUAUCAUAAUAUAUAAGCAUGCUCAGCUAAUUUGUUCUUCACAUACAAUAAUGACAAUUAUAACAGUGUUGUUAUUCAUUAAGUAUGAACUAUUUGAUUCACUGAAUGCAGUCUCCAUUUCUGUGCUUCUUAACUCUUUGUGUCAAGAAAUUUGAAUAAGCUUUAGUGUUGUAUUGAGUUUUUAAUGAAGGAUACUUACAAAACUUUCAUAGUAUGCCAUACAUAAAGAUGAGUAUGGAUUUCAUUGUAUGAUUUUUGGGUAUUUUAACUGAGCAUAAGCAUAUUUUUUAAUGUUUUUAAAGGGUAUUACAGAAGACAGUAAUGUUAAGACUUCAAAGCCUGAGUCAUUAGAGUCGUUGGUCAUCGGCCAUCAGUCUCUUCAUUGCACUCCUUGCUGGUACUGACAGUUCUGCAAGCCACACAAAGGACUCUGGCUCUUGGGUCUUAAGACUCUCAGGAUUAACUAUAUAGACUUUCAUUGAUCCUCCCCAGUCCUCCCCUUAAAGUAAUCUGUCUUGCCAAACAGCAGGUUUUGAACAAAGUAGAUGGGUACUUAAUUUGUAAGACUUCUCUGGAUUUUGUAUGUACUUAGGUUAUGGAUUGCCAUGAGAAUGUGAAUUGUGAAUGGGUGUUGAGCUGUGUGAGCGUGUCAGAAGUGCUGAGAGUCCCACCCCAGAACAUGAGGAGCUGGACCCCUCAUCUGGGUGUUUGUAUUUCAAGGCCUCAAAGUUGCUGCGUAUAUCAUGUGUACAUAAACCUCCACCACCCAUGAGAACAUAUAUUUUAACUGCUAUGAUCACCAUCCCCAGUUCAUAACCAUUGUCACCAUUAUCAUGAGUGUGUCACCCCCACAUCUUCAUCCCAAUCCACAUCCCCCACCCAGCCAGUGCAAUUGUAAUAGAUGGCCAUUCUCAGGAGGACUUCCAAGAUCUGUUAUCUCAGGAUCCACAGCAGCACGUAGUGAUGUCAUAGCCUCAAAUGGGACACAUAGUGGAUCUGGAAUUCCACCUGUAUUAGGCAAGAAUGGGACUUGAAUGUUAUCCCUUUGGCAGCAGAGAUACUUUUGCAGAUGACUUGUGUAGAUACAGCUUUACUUGCCUUCCAGUGAUGGAUGAAGGCAAGGAAAGGCUGCUGAAGGGAAAUUGUGGAUAGGCAUGUUCAGAACUUGAUGGUGUUGGAUUGUACAUUAUUGCCCUCAGAGGAAUGUCUGGUAGGUACCCUGUGUGUUUCAGUUCAUAAUCCCACAUUUGUACCCGGUGCCCAGCCAUAUCAUUCAUUCACAGCUCCCCAAGUUGACUUUCUUUAGUCUUUCACCCCUCACAAACAAACAAGGACCCAUUUUGAUACCUUAGCUGAGUAUGAUAGUAGUCGUCGUCAUCCCAUUACUGCUUGAGGCUGGACCGUCACAUCCAGACAGUAGGUACCUGAUUGUCAUGUAGCGUAAUCUCGCCUCGCCACCCACCCACCACCACACUAAGCAGGACAUGGUACACUGUGACAAAUCCGGUAAACCCUAAAACAACCAUAUUGACUUAUUUUAUGCAUUAGAUUUCCCCCUUUUCCCCGUGCAUUUAUCAUCAGAGUGCAAGGGUCAUGUUUACAAGAUUUAUAAAAGUUUAUGUAUUUGUGUGUGGGUUUCCAGAGAGAUUGCUGGUGAUGUGUGUUGCAGUUACUUACAUAAGAUUGUGUUGAGAGCAACCAUUCUAUUAUUAUUAUUAUUAUUAUUAUUAUUAUAUUUAUUUUUUUAUUAAUUCAUUUAUUUAUUUAUUUAUUUUUUAUGAUGUUGAAUGUGUGAUAGGAUGAGAGAGAGAGAGAGUCCUCCCAAGUCCAUCCAUUGCCCUGUUCCUUCCCCGCGCCAGGGAGCAGCCCGGCAUAAUAAUACUACUAAACUAAUACUAGUAAUACUUUAAGUGUACAGCAGCCUGCUGGGGGAUCGUCGGCACAAGUGGCCCGCUAAUGGAAGAUCCUGUUUCCAUUUUUGUGGCUUUAUGAUUUAUAAAAGACAUGGUUUUUACAAUAAGAUGUAUAAUAUUUAUAUAUGUAUUUAUUUCUCUAUAGGGUAUACAUACAUAACACAUGAUGCUAACGCUGCUAUAUUUUCAUUAGAUGCUAUUUAUUGUUGUAUAGCGUGAAAGGGAAGGAGACUUGUGAUAUCCCGAAAUAUGAGCAGGUGCGGUAAAUAUUACAUAUAUACACACCCUACUGUUCUGCAGGCGGUGGUGUCAUGACGCUGGGGGAAGGUCGCGAUACGUGCUACGAGAAAAACUAUGAGUCACGAGGCGGUUCACAGGAGGAGGAGGAGGCGGCGGUAGUGGUGGCGGUGGUGGUGGUGCAGUAUAGUGUAGGGAUGGUGUAAACACUUCGUAAACCCUCUACAGUAUAUCGAAAUUUUUGUGCGUCCUCCUCAAGACUGGCACACUGGUAUUGUGGGAGGAAAGCAAGUGUGUCUCGUCAGGUUAUAGGAGAGGGAGGCGUUCUGCAGGUCACUGGAGGAGGGUGGUGGGAGGAGUCCGUGAACCAUCCUGCUGAACAAUAAACUGCCCACGUUA